AUGCUCACACGGAGUGCAGCUACAUUUCUAAUUUUGCCUGAAGUGCCACUGAAUAUCCUGCUCCCAAAUGUCUUCCAAGUUGAGAAACGGAUGUUGGAGGUCGAAGCUGAUGAGGAUGGGAGUGAUGGUGACAUCAGGGAUUAUCACGCCACUUACUAUGUUCCACAUAAUCUGUCCUUGAUCGUUACCGGAAAGCUUUCUACCGGAACAAAGUCUCUAUUGGCUGUAGUGCAGGACAAGAAAAUCACGAAGGAAACCGUCGAGUUUCCUGAGAAGGACGAGAUCGCAGGCUUUAGACAUUCUUGUUACAUACCUUACAUCAUCGCCUGUUGCCCCCUUGAACAAGGAGUACAUCGAAAUCGAGUCGCCGCUCUGUGUGGUAUUAGACCAACGACACUCCUUGUAAGUUCGUACAUCUACUUUAGCGAAGACACUCGCGCGACAAUGGUUGAUCUACUGAUCUACAUUGGUUCCCAACCAAAUGCCGAUGAACAUGUCGAACUCCAGCAACACACAGGGCCUAGUACUUUCUCUCGCCCCAGUCCUCCUGUUGUCAAAGUUCCUGCACUAGAUGACAAGAAGGCACUAUAUGUUGCUCGGCAGCCAGAACAAGCUAGCGACAAAGCAAAACACAUUGACAACUCCAAAUGGUGGAUUCGUAUUGUGCUAUUCCUCUGCUGCAUAUCCCCUGGUACCAACCACAGUCCUCAUAGCGACGGCGCUCAACAUCGUCCCAGCACAUAG